UGGAUAUUGACCUGAACGGUAAUCGGAAGCCGCUUGGUUUGCAGGGUUUGCUACAAUGCUCGAACGAGUCCUCAUAACUCAGUGCAUCUUAUGAUAUGGAAAAACGCGAACUUUUGCGUGAGGCUACUAGACGUCCUUUAGAUGAUGCAGCUAAAGAGAGGAGACAGAGAAAAACUCUUAGCUUGUUGGAACAAGAUAAUCACAUUGAAGAACCCCACUCAGAUGUGAAAGGAACGAAGAGACCACAAUUUGGAGAUGAGGAUGAAGAUAUUUCAGCCAACAACAAGCGCCGAAAAAAGAAACGCAUAUCGAAUAUUCGUGCACGCUGUAGAAAAACGUUUGAGAUUUUACUGGAUGAGGAAUAUCAAGCAACGAAAGGAGGAACUACUGGUGCCUGCUAUUUUACGGCCGCCGUUCCUCCGAGCAGGCUACCCAGGAGGAAGUUUUGUAAUGUCUGUGGUUUUCAAGGUCUAUAUAACUGUAUAGUUUGUGGUCUACCAUACUGCAGCAGGAAGUGUUAUGAAAUACAUUCAGAUACGCGGUGUAUGAAAUGGGUCGCUUAAAUAACCCUCGUAAUAUUACGAUCACUUGUAAAUAUAUUUCAAUCCUUAAACAUGAGCUUUAACAGAUUGUUUUGGAUAUAUUUGUAUGUUCCGUAUUCUAUAUCGCACUUAUAAUCCUGGCUUAUAGUUAAGCUUCACUCUUCAUUCGUGCAUUUGGUGAAUUACGAUUAUGUUAUCCACGUUACCGUACGUAAUAAACAGUCAUUUCGAUAUA